GCAUCCACCUUUGUGUAUAUUUGAGUAUUUGUGAAGGAAAAUAUGAGUCGAGGAGGAAGUUACGGCGGCGGACAGAGUUCACUUGGCUACUUGUUUGGUUCAGAUCAGCAGCCGAGCCAAACUCCAGUCUCCCCUCCAGUGAUCAAGGCACCAUGGGAUGAUGACAACAGCACCAAGACACCCCCAAACAAUUCUUCAAAGAAACUAAACGUCUCAAACAAUUAUCACAGAGCUCAGGGGCAGAAUUCAGGCAACUUCCUAACUGAUCGUCCAACAACAAAAGUUCAGUCAGCUCCUGGGGGAGAAUCAUCUCUUGGCUACUUGUUUGGAGACAAGUAAUUGAUGCUUUGCUUCGUUCUUCCAACUCUCACAAUGUAGUAUAUGAUGAAGGUUUGCAAUGUAUCCAUAAAUAAGGGUUUCUGUUCCCAUCAAGCAGAGUGUUUUAAUCGUAAAAUUAGUGUGAUGUGAAUAUAAACAAUAAAGUGUGGUAAUGCUUUUUUAACCAUAUAUAUAUAUAUAUGUUGGGUUGUACUUUAAGUACCGGAAGAAAGUUGGCUGUAUCAUAUUCCUAAGUUGAAUUUUAUAUUAUUACUUUAAUCA